GGUCACGUGAUUAGUAGCCCAGCCGUUAAACCGACCAAGCUCGAGCUCACCAGCGCGCGGGGUACAAAAGGCCCCGGAUGAUCGGUUGAGCUGUGCAGACCAACCAUUCAUCUGGGCAGAAAAUGUUUUCAUGGCUUUAAAACUGUGGCACUUUAAAUUGACAGUAGAUAAAAGAAAAUCCCAGCUGUACGUCAACAAAGGGGGGAACCCAUUCAUCUGCUCAGGCAGUGGGAAUGAAUUCAGUCGGGUCAUCUCAACUGAAGGUACAUCAGCAAGUUCACACUGGGACAAGGCCAUUCCCCUGUUCUGUGUGUGAGAAGGGAUUCAGUCGGUCUUCCCACCUGUGGACACACCAGUCAGUUCACAUCGAGCAGAGGCUGGUCAUCUGCUGAAUUUGUGGGGAAGGUUUCACUCGGUUAUCUGACCUAAUGGCUCACCAGCGAGUUCACACCGGGGAGCGGCCGUUCACCUGCUCAGACUGUGGGAAGGGAUUCAGUAAAUCAUGUAAACUGAAGGUACAUCAGCGAGUUCACACUGGAGAGAGGCCGUUCACCUGCUCAGACUGUGGGAAGGGAUUCACUGUGUCAUCUCAGUUACUGAGACACCAGUCAGUUCACACCGGGGAGUGGCCAUUCACUUGCUCAGACUGUGGGAAGGGAUUCACUCUAUCAUCUGCACUGAAGGUACAUCAGCGAGUUCACACUGGGGAGAGGCCGUUCACCUGCUCAGACUGUGGGAAGGGAUUCAUUCAGUCAUCUCAUCUGAAGGCACACCAGCAAGUUCACACCAGGGAGAGAUCAUUCACCUGCUCAGACUGUGGGAAGGGAUACACUUGCUCAUUUAAUCUGAAGGUACAUCAGCGAGUUCACACUGGGGAGAGGCCAUUCACCUGCUCAGUCUGUGGGAAGGGAUUCAAACUGUUCGCUCACCUACUGACACAUCAGCAAGUUCACACCAGGGAGAGACCGUUCACCUGCUCAGACUGUGGGAAGGGAUUCACUGAGUCAUAUCAACUGAAGGUACAUCAGCGAGAUCAUACUGGGGAGAGACCUUUCACCUGCUCGGACUGUGGGAAGGGAUUCACUCAGUCAUAUCAACUGAAGGUUCAUCAGCGAAUUCACAGUGGGGUGAGGCCGUUCACCUGCUCAGACUGCGGGGAGGGUUUCACAAAGUCAUCUGCUGUACUGAGACACCAGUCAGUUCACACUGGAGUGAGGCCAUUCACCUGCACAGUGUGUGGGAAGGGAUUCACUCAGUCAUCUGCUGUAUUGAGACACCAGUCAGUUCACACUGGGGAGAGGCCAUUCACCUGCUCAGUGUGUGGGAAGGGAUUCGUAGAGUCAUCUCAACUGAAGGUACAUCAGCGAGUUCACACUGGGGAGAGGCCGUUCACCUGCUCAGACUGUGGGAAGGGAUUCACUCGGUCAUCUCAUCUACUGAAACACCAGUCACUUCACACCAGGGAGUGACCAUUCACUUGCUCAGUCUGUGGGAAGGGAUUCAAUUGGUCAUUUCACCUGCUGACACACAGGGAAAUGGCCGUUCACCUGCUCUGUCUAUGGGAAGGGAUUUAUUACGUCAUCUCAACUGAAGGAACAUCAGCGAGUCCACACUGGGGAGGGGCCGAUCACCUGCUCAGACUGUGGAAAAAAUUCUCUCAGCCAAAUCAACCAAUUGUGCAUCACUGAGUUCACACUGGGGAGAGGCCGAUCACCUACUGUGAAUGUGGUGAAGGAUUUGUGGUGGACAUGGACUGUGCCUUUAAAUGAGAGAGAAAAACUGUCUGCAGUACUGCUGCCUGCUUCUUGGUUGCCAUGGUGAGAGAGAGGCGGAGUUAUGUGAUGGACAGUUCGAUGUUCACAGUUGCUUCUUGGUUGCCAUGGUGAGUGAGAGGUGGAGUUAUGUGAUGGACAGUUCGAUGUUCACAGUUGCUUCUUGGUUGCCAUGGUGAGAGAGGCGGAGUUAUGUGAUAGACAGUUCGAUGUUUACAGUUGCUUCUUGGUUGCCAUGGUGAGAGAGAGGCGGAGUUAUGUGAUGGACAGUUCGAUGUUCACAGUUGCUUGGUUGCCAUGGUGAGAGAGAGGGGGAGUUAUGUGAUGGACAGUUCGAUGUUCACAGUUGCUUCGUAGCGUGUUUAUUUAAACAAGGUCAGAUGACUCUCCCAGAGACACACAGUGGGACACCGGUUACGGCGACCAGUCAGUGAAAGGAGGCCAUGACAGAGGAGUCAUUGGGUGGAACUUUCGAGUGCCCACCCGUGGGUUGAGGAUCAAUCAGGAGAAUCGAUCAGUAGCUGUCAGGGUGUGUGGAAGGGCUGACCCUGUGGAGGCUACCGGUGUGUCUACCCUUGCCUGGGAGGUAGCUCACCCUCGAAGACGGUCCCCUUAGUGAUAAGCUGUGUUUGGCUAACUCGCGAGUGGAUUCGGGGCCUGACAACAGAAGAUCAACGGGACCUGUUUACUCGUUCUUCUAGUGUGGUUUUCACCUUGGAUUACAAAUACCUCUCUCUCUCUCUCACACACCAAUUCCAUGGAUUGAACUGAACUUCCUUGCAUUACCAUCGUAAGACUUUAACUCUUGCCACCCGAGCUUUAACAAUUUUGGGAAUUGUAUUUACACACAAAUAUAUGCAUAACAUUGCUAACUUUGAUU